AGUACUGCGUUCAGGCUGUCUCAUCAAUUACAUGUGCAGGGGUCCCGGCUCUCGCGGUGGGCACAGAGCGGGGUCGCGGGGCUGCAGCACCAGCCGCUCUGCCGCGCCGUGCCGAGUGAGCGCGCGCUCUGUGCCGCCCGGGUGGAAAUGCUGAGGCGGGCAACCGGUUUAUUUUUGGGUCAGUGACAGCGUGUCAAUGGCUGCAGAUGCGUCGGAAAGGAAGGCUCUGAGAUACCAGCAGACCCUGUUAUAUGGGGAGUACAGGGAGCAGUUGGGCAGUUUCGCGCGGAGGGAGGCUACCCGUCUCCUCGCUGAGAACCAACGGAGGAAGCAUGCGGGGGAAGCACCGACGACGAGACCGGCUCACAGCCGACCCCGCCCGGUUGCCGUGGAGACGGGAGGCGCACCUUUGAGCUUCAGCCACACCGCUUCAACGAAGAAACCGCAGCCUUACUCCAAAUGUCAAGAUUGUGCGGCACGUGUGCAGAAGUACAUUGUCACAAAGUUGGGAGAAGACUGGAUCUUCCUGGUGCUGCUGGGCCUCACCAUGGCCCUGGUCAGCUGGUGCAUGGACUAUGCCAGUGCCAAGAGUCUGCAAGUGUAUAAGUGGAUGCAUGGGGAGCUUCAGGGCAACGUGCUGCUGCAGUACCUGGCCUGGGUUACCUACCCUAUGGUGCUCAUCAUGUUUGCCUCCCUUUUCUGCCACCUGGUUGCCCCCCAGUCCAUUGGCUCCGGAAUUCCUGAACUGAAGACCAUCCUCAGAGGCGUCGUGCUGAAGGAGUAUCUGACGCUGAAGGCCUUCGUGGCCAAAGUGAUCGGCCUGACCGCCGGCCUAGGCAGCGGGAUGCCGGUGGGAAAAGAGGGCCCCUUUGUCCACAUCGCCAGUAUCUGUGCAGCCGUGCUCAGCAAAAUCAUGUCCAUCUUCUCUGGCGUUUACGAGAACCCAUACGGCUACGCGGACAUCCUCACGGUGGGCUGUGCUGUGGGUGUGGGCUGCUGCUUUGGCACACCCCUUGGAGGAGUGCUGUUCAGUAUCGAAGUAACAUCCACCUACUUCGCUGUAAGGAAUUACUGGAGAGGUUACUUCGCGGCGACGUUCAGCGCCUUCAUAUUCAGAGUCCUGUCGGUGUGGAACAAAGACGCCGUUACCAUCACCGCUCUCUUCCGCACCAAUUUCCGGAUGGAGUUUCCCUUCGACCUCCAGGAGCUGCCAGCGUUUGCCAUUAUUGGGAUUUCGUGCGGAUUCCUCGGCGCCUUUUUCGUCUUCCUGAAUCGCCAAGUGGUGCUGGUGAUGAGGAGACAAACCGCCCUGACUCGCUUCUUGACCAAACACCGAUUAAUUUAUCCUGCUGUCGUGACUCUAGUUAUUGCAACACUGACCUUUCCCCCUGGAUUUGGACAGUUCAUGGCUGGAGAGCUGAUGCCAAGGGAAUGCAUAACUUCCCUGUUCGACAAUUUCACCUGGACCAAAAUCUGGGGUUCUCCUCCUCCUCCUGGUCUCGGCCGCUCCGCUGUGUGGCUGCACCCGCAAGUCAAUGUCUUCAUCAUUCUCCUCCUCUUUUUCGUCAUGAAGUUUUGGAUGUCUGCUGUUUCCACAACAAUGCCUAUUCCUUCAGGUGCCUUUAUGCCCGUGUUCAUUUUAGGAGCGGCGUUUGGCAGGUUGGUGGGGGAGAUCAUGGCCACCCUGUUUCCCAACGGCAUCCUGUUUGAUGGGAUUGUCUAUCGCAUCUUACCGGGAGGGUACGCUGUCAUCGGUGCGGCGGCCAUGACAGGGGCAGUGACACAUACGGUGUCCACAGCAGUGAUUUGUUUUGAGCUGACAGGUCAGAUCUCGCACAUUCUGCCCAUGAUGGUAGCAGUCAUCCUGGCGAACAUGGUAGCCCAGGGCCUGCAGCCCUCACUCUAUGACUCCAUCAUCCAGGUGAAGAAGCUGCCCUACCUUCCCGAGUUGGGAUUCGGACACUUCAGUAAAUACAACAUCUUUGUGGAGGACAUUAUGGUGAGGAAAGUGAAGUUCCUGUCGUCACAGUCAACAUACAGGGAGCUGAAUAACUUGCUGAAGUCCACCUCGCUCAAAACUAUCCCGCUGGUAGACUCAAAGGAGUCAAUGAUCCUUUUGGGCUCUAUCGAGCGAUCCGAACUUCUGGCCUUCUGUGACUGGUGGCUGUCGGCAGAAAGGCGGAUCCUCAGCCAGCGGCAGGGACCGGCUUCCAGGGAGAGCUGGGAAUCUUUUGCCUAUGUGGAUGAAGAGGGCGCGGAGGAGAGCGAAGAAAAGUGUGUACCGGUGCAAGACAAGCGCAACGGGCCCCUGCCAUCCCCGAAACCCCAGGAGCCGCCGAGCGAUCGCGCCGAGUCUGACCAAGGCACCCUUCGAGCUCUGAGGACUGCAUUAAUGCGCCUCUUCUCCUCCCCUCCGGACAGGCAGACCGAGGCACAGGUGCCCACGCCUCCCCCUUUCGUAGAUACAAUGACGCCAGAAGAGAUCAAAGCCUGGGAGGAGGCGGAGCUGGAUAAACAAAUCGACAUCGAUCAGAUACGCAUAGACCCCUCCCCCUUCCAGCUGGUGGAGAGAACCUCGCUUCACAAGACACACACACUCUUUUCUCUCCUGGGCCUGAGUCACGCCUAUGUCACCAGUAUCGGCAAACUGGUGGGAGUCGUGGCGCUGAAAGAGCUUCAAAAAGCCAUCGAGGGCUCCACUCGCAGCGGGGUGCGAUUGCGACCGCCGCUGGCCAGCUUCCGGGACGCCAGCCGGAAGUCGAAGAAAUCGGCCCAGCCGUCCACCGCCCCUUCGUCCCCAACGCGGGAAAAGGAGCUGUGGAGAGAGGGGGUGAAGAGGGACGCGAGUCAGUGCAGCGCGGCGGCGGACGGGGCGGACGGCGCCGGAGACGGCGGCACUUCCGGCGCUCAGAGCAGGGGAGCGGCAGGCCUUCAGCCGCCCCCCGCCGAUCCCUCGUCCAUCGCGCUUUCGCCCCUCCGCCGCGUGCUGGAGCAAGACAAAGAUGCUGAGAGAGAGAGCGAAGAGGAACCCAUUUAGACAAAGUACGACUCGAGUGCUUAAACGGAAUUAAAGCAAAAAGACUGUAUUUCCCAUUAUCCCAUUAGGGGCUGCGCACUCGUCCGCGAAUGCGUUCGUUGCGGCGAGUGUCUCGGCGGACCCGCACGAGACCCUUAACGCACCUGCAGUACAGAUAGAUUUAUGGGAAAUGUAGUUUGUUGCAUUUUCUUUUCUGACACAAACCCUUAUCGCCUUAUUCUCAUUUUCAGUUGCUCAGGUUCCCUCCUAUGUCUUUAACCUGCAGAAGAAAGAAUGGAUUUCUCCGUCUGUCCCGUUACAGAAUUGUUCUGUCCGUCUCCGGUUCCUGUGCCUGUGUCUAUUUAACGUUUUUUUUGGCGGUCGUUUCUGGCGAUCGGCGUACAGCCUAAAAUCGGUAUUCAUCUGGUCCAUCGUUCUUCUUCAUCCGUGUCGCAGCAACUAUAAGAGAUGUAUGAAAAGGAAUCAACUGGUUCACCGUGAUUCGGUUACUUGAUUAAAUCUUCACCGCAGAGAUUUAAUGUAUCUUUACUUUUGAAUGUAUUUUGAUUAUUUGACACGAUUACAAAAUUAUUAUUCCGAUGGUUAAUAUUGAUAUUGCUAUUAUGUAUAAUAAAUGCUGAAUUUAUCUA